CCGAUCCUAACACAUACUUAUAAUUUUUACUUUCAAAAAUCUUAUUCAGCCUGAUAUGUGCUAGAAAUGAGAAGAAAACCCAGCAGUUGGUACCUACUGAGGAUCAUAUCUAUGAAUUAAUGGAGCCGGCAGCGGAGAACGGAGGUGAAUCGGAGGAGGAGACAGCGGCAGAGAAGCGGAAGCGAGUGGCGGAGGCGUAUAUGGAGAAGAUGAGAGCGGUUUCAAGGAGAGAGGAUUGGUUUGGAUCUGUGUUCUGUUUUAACGAAAAAACAAGACCCAGUACUUGUCUGCCAAUUAGAAUCUUAAGGCGUCACUUCCAGAUUCCAUUGUCUCUAAGCAAUGGCGCAGACAAAUUAGUGCUUAAUUUGGUUGAUUUUGUGUACAGAUGCAGUAAUAGUGACAAGAUACCUAAAGGCAACACUUGUGAUUCCAAGCAUUAGGGGAAGCGAACCUGGUGAUCAAAGGCUAUUACAACAGUGCAAAAGAGGAAGAUAGGAAGUUGGUUGUCUACACAAACACCUAGUUAGGAACCAUCCAGUUCUUGAUUAGAGACUUAAUGUAUUGUUUUUUUACUAAUAUCCACUUCUUUGCCCAGGUUGAUUCUUUGUCUUAUACCUGUAGUUCAUUUUUUGUUUAGCGGCUAUAGCCUUUGUAAAUUAGUCAUCUAUAUCUGUACUUCCUACAAUAUAUUGUAUUAAACCAUUUCAUUUACGACUUGCUAAAUUUGAGAGUCUUUCAAUA